GGCGUCUAUCAUAUCAGCCACUCGAGGAAGCCGAAACACGCUACUAACCAGCUCUCACUCACCAGCGCCAUGGAGAAAAUCAAGGAGCGUCUUGCGUCCCUCCGCCAGGAGGCUGACGUUGCUAAGGAGCGUGCAGAGGAGGCGGAAGCCAAAGCCAAGCAGCUUGACCAGCAGCUUCUCGCUCGCGAGCAGGAGAUUAAAUCGCUCCAGCACAAGCUCACGAUCGCGGAAUCGCAGCUCGACGCAGCAGAGGAGCGCUCUAAGGAGGUCACCGAGAAGUUGAGGCAGGUGGAGGUUACGGCAGAGUCGUCCGAGCGGCGCGUGCAGAGACUUGAGCAGGAGCGCGACCAGUGGGAGACGAAGUACGAAGACGUGCUAGAAAAGUACCGCAAGUCCCAAGCGGAGCUCAACGACCUCAUUCAGGGAGUGGAAGGUCUCUGAGCCUUGCACUCACCGUCCUUGUUAUAACUAUUAUAACAUGGUAAGGUCACAUGCGGCAUAGUUCCCCUGCCUACAACAAUACUGAUUUUGUCACCCAUUGGAGAUGGUUGAGUUAUCAUAUCGACAUUUAGGACCGCAUAUACAGCAGGUUGUCGUUUGUAAAAUCUGUUAGGGUGUACAGUAGGCAAGACAUGUGCGCCAGCGACUAUACUUUCUAUGCGUGCAAGCAAAGGUACAUAGUGUACAGCAGGCUGUGAUGAUGUGCCCGAUUACGCAGUAACGCGCAGCCAAAUGAGUGCUUAUAAUAUGACCUAGUCAUUCGUUAAAUUUUCUCUUCGAGUAGGGCCGGAUGUUACUGUACUUGGAGCCUUGAUUGACCAUGGAUCUUCGACUUGAUACUAGUUACAGCUACUAACAAAAC